AUGACUGAAGAAUUAGGGACUCUUUAUCCAACUUUGGAAUCUAAUUGUGAAGAUUUGGUUUUGAGUUCUAAAAAAUUAUUUUAAGCUUAAUAAGGUAAAGGAGUGCCAGAAUUUUAUGAAACUUUAAAACUUAAAAUAAACACAAAAGUAAAUUAUGAAUACUCAAAUGUUACUAAAAGUAAUGAGUUGGCUGAUUCUUUGCAUUAGGAUUUUGAGAAUAUACAAACUGAAAUAAAAGAUUAGAAAAAGCCUGAAAAUAAAAGGUAAAUAGACAAAAUCAUUGAAGAUUAUUAAAAAGAUAAGUAGAAAGAAACUAAAUUAUCGAAAUUACCGCAAUAAUUUUUAAAAUUUGAUGAAAAAACAUCAGCCACUCAAACCACUAAUACUUAUAUUCAAAAUGAAAAAUAAAUUGCAUAAAAUAAAUCUUUAGUUGCUGUGAAACCAAAUGAACAUCAAUUAUCUGUGAUUGAACCAGCUCGAUUAGGAACAGUAAUGGUUUAAAAAAUAAAGAAAAUAAUAAAACCAGAAUGGCAUGCCCCUUGGAAAUUAAUGAGAGUUAUAAGUGGACAUCAUGGAUGGGUUAGAUGUAUAGCGGUUGAUCCUGGAAAUUAAUUUUUUGUAACCGGUUCAAGUGAUCGAACCAUUAAGUUUUGGGAUUUGGCAACAGGAAAUUUAAAAUUAACUUUUACAGGUCAUAUUUCAACAAUAAGAUCUGUAAUAGUAAGUGCAAGACAUCCUUAUUUAUUUAGUUGUGCAGAAGAUAAAACAGUAAAAUGCUGGGAUUUAGAAUAAAAUAAGAUGAUCAGAGAUUAUCAUGGACAUUUGUCUGGUGUUUAUAGUUUGGCUUUACACCCAACAUUGGAUGUGUUAGUAAGUGGUGGAAGAGAUUCCGUCUGUAGAGUAUGGGACAUUAGAGCCAGACAAUAAAUUCAUGUUUUAGAAGGACACACUAAUACUAUUGAUUCAAUCAUUUGUUAAGAAUUUGAACCUUAAAUAGUAAGUGGAUCUUAAGAUUCAAUGAUUAAACUAUGGGACAUGACUUCAGGAAAAUGCAUAUCCACUUUAACUAAUCAUAAAAAAUCAGUGAGAGCUAUGGCUUUUCAUCCAUUAGAAUAUACAUUUUGUUCAGCAGCAUCUGAUAAUCUCAAAGUUUGGAAAUGUCCUGAAGGUACAUUUUUAAGGAAUAUAUCUGGUCAUAAUGCUAUGAUCAAUUCGAUAGCUAUUAAUAGGAAUAAUGUUUUGGCAAGUGCUGCAGACAAUGGAUCAUUAUAUUUUUGGGAUUGGAAAUCAGGAUAUAAUUUCUAAUAAAUUAAUACUAUCGCUUAACCUGGUUCUAUUGCUGCAGAAAAUGGUAUAUUUUGUUGUACAUUUGAUCAAAGUUAAAUGAGGUAAUAUCUUUUUUAAUUGUAGAUUUUUGACUGGAGAAUGUGACAAAUCUAUUAAGAUGUAUAAAGAAGAUGAAACAGCUACUCCAGAAACCCAUCCAAUUGAUGAUAUAAGAAUUGAAUAUGCAAAUCAAAAUUAUUGA